CAUUCCCUCUCUGACUCACAUUCUAGGUGUCUUCUUCUCUCCCAGCUCUGCUCAGCAUUGGGGUCAUCAUUUUUUUUGUUGGGUUUGUUGAGCCCGCUCUGUCUGAGCAUACUAGGGAAUACCGUUGUCUACCGAAGUUUUGGUUGCUAAUUCGACUGGUCAUGUGACACUUGGUUCCUGCUCCUUAGUGGAAGCCGACGUGAAUCCGUGACACGAAUUGGUCAUCCAUCAUCGCUGGCCGAGGCUUGUGAGAUUCGACUUUGGGACCGGGUACCUUGACACCAUGAUUUCCAGCACUCUUAGCUCGUCACGUGUCUCAGUUCAGGCGGUCUUAUUGAAACCACUGUCAUUUUCCGCUUCUCCCCGCGUUCGCUCCGUCCUAUUCAACCCUCUAUCCCUUAGUCACCUCUCCUCGAAGCCCCGUCGUUCCAGCCACAAAAGUCCAGCAUUCGUCUGUCUCCUAGGACGUACACCAGUACCGUAUCCUAGCUCCCAACCUGCUUCCCAACUAAGCGCGAAACCUUCAAGAGAUGUCAAGGUCCCCGCGUUUUCGGCCGCUGGAUCUGAUCUUAACGGCGAGCAUGUGAACCAUGAGGAGGAUUUAGCAAGCACCGAUCGAUCAUCUGGCAGCAAGGAAAGGGGAGGCAGUGCCCAGAACGGGCUGCCGCUGAACAAGGCUGAGAAUACAGCCUUGACGCGUCGUACGGACGGGCAAACAGAUCCCUUCACCUACGCGCUCCGUUGGAUGCGCAUCAGCACGGCAGCCGGCAUCUGGCUCGCGCUAUUCUUCGCCUCGUGCCUCAAUCGCGACGACUCAGGCGCCGGAGGAACCCCUAGCGCCUUCCCUGUGCCCGGGAGGACUCGCGGUGGCAGCGGAGGGAGUAGGAAUGUCUCCAGCCGCAACAGCAUCACCAACAGCAGCAGCAGCAGCAGCAGCAGCAGCGCGUUCAUUGGCGGCUCGGGCAGCUGAGAUGGGUGAGUGGUUCUUGAUGGUGGAUAUUACACGCGUGGGGAGCAACAAGGGUUGAGCCACUGAUCGACCAGCGAGGAGGUGGUGGAGUAUUUGCGGCAGCAGUGGCAGUUGUUGCAGCACUGGUGGCACUGGGGCCAGCGACAGUGGUUGUGUUGUGGUGGCGGUUGGCGCAUUCUUUUGUGUGUGAUAUGCGAAGUUGUUGGAUAAUGGAGGGACAGCAGCACACAUCUGAGCUGUCCGGAGUGGGAUUCCCCUUGAACAAGGCCUGUGGUGGGAUGAUGGUGGCAUUAUCGUGCGUGGUGGUGGUGUACAGGGUCCGCUGCAAUUGCAAUGAUAGCUGUACAGUACGGGAAUGAUCGGGUGAAGUGAUGGUGCUUUUGUCAACAUAUAUUUGUAUAUGUUAUUGGCUAGAUAGUGCAUGCUCAUAGAGAGUAUAACUCCUUUGGACAACACCACCCUGUAUCACCCCAACUAGUCCAU